GAACAGGGCUCUCUCUCUCCCUCCCGACAAAACUAUUUCUUAGGCUCUGGAAUUUAUGGCUACACAAGAUGCCUUUGUGCGCAUGCAAAGGGCCUUGGCCUCACCGCUCUAGAGUAGCCAAGCCACAGGUGGGAUGAGAAGGAUGCGAUGCUCUCGAAUGCCUGAUCCCGACCUUUUAUUUAAUCAAUGAAACACGGUCUGCGCGUGAAUGGAAGCGCCUGCGUCCUCCUCCUCCUCUCCCUUUCCUGCGUUAUCUGGGGGAAAUGCGCCUUCCAUCCCAGCAGAGGGCAGAGCCGCUUCCCUCCAUCAAGGGCAUGCUGGGUGAUCAUUUCCCGGUGCCUGAAUCCCUCUUUAAAUGCGAUUGAGGAAGGAGGGGAACCUGUGUGUCUAGUGCCUGCGGGGGAAAGAACAAGCCGGUACUUGAGCUGAGCAAGCGUCUUCUGCUACGCUUGCUUGGGACGGUGUCAGGUGCUUUCUGUCUCCGACUCCUGAGCAGCUAAAGUCCAGCGUCUCGUUUUGCACCCGCCCUUUCCGCGCUUGUGAUCCGCCCGCUCGCUUCGCUUCCUCGGUCUCCUUGGCGCUGCGUUCAGUUUCAGCCUCGCCUUCCUGCGUUCCGGAGCAGCCCCAGAAAUGCCCGCUUUGGCGCUCUCGCUGGCGCUGUGCGCCCUGCAGAUGUGGCCAGCUGUGGUCGGCGGCCCUCCCCAACAGCGGUUCGCCGUGCUGGACAAGCACUGGCCCCUGAGGCUCACCAAGGUAAGGGGCCAGCUGUUCGGCAUCUCCUGCGGGGUGGGAGCGCGGGGUGGAAGAAACACCACGGACAGAAUCAUUGCCGCACACAGGAAGAGUUCGUCUGAGUUCCUCCCUUGCGGUUUUAUAAAUCAUUUAAUGUGUCAACACGACUAGAAGUGCAGUUGUUGGAGGAGGGAUUAUUAUUGUGGCCCAUCUUUUUGUGCCUGCCUAACAGCCGUGUCAUGCUUAUAAUAUUUUAUUCUCUUGUUAAUUAUGCUGUCUUAAAUGUGCAUUUUAUAUUUGACUUCUCUUCGCAGUGUUUUCUUUUGAAAUGUUUAAUAUUUUGUUUUUUGUUAACUUUGUGUUAAAUAUGUAUUCUGUAGUUGACCUCCUUUGUAGUGUUUUCUUUUGAAAUCUUUUGAGGUGGUAUUUUGGUUUCCUGUUAACUGUGUUGCUUUGACUGUACUUGAUAUCUAACUUUCUUCAGAAAUGUUUGGGUCUGCAUUGUUUUAUUGAUGUUUAAUAUGCUGUAAACCACUUUGAGAUUUAUAUUUCUUAAAAAUAUAAAGCGGUAUAGAAAUGAAAUAAUAAUUGAAAUUAAGAUUUUGGAAUGCAGAACUACUGUAAAGAAAAUCAUCAAAUCUAGCACGUGGGGGGCAACUUUAUCUAAAUUAUAUAAUUCUGGAUUUGAACGAUUGGUAUUAAUAAUUGUAUUAUAAAUUGAUAUUGUUAUAAUGAGGCUAUUAUUGGAUUGUAAUUGAAAACUAAUAAAACUUAAUAUUAAAGGGAGUGUGGGAUGGGGGGUGUCGUUGUUAAAUGGGAAAUAUUCGGGUGGGGGGCAUGUCUCCAAUGUUUGCACACUGGUGGUACCCAUCUUGGCACUGGUGAGUCACACACACCUCUGCUAGGAUAGCCCAUUAUGGCAGGGAUAGCCAGCAUAGCUUCCUCCAGAUGUUGCUGGAUGAACUGCUACUCCCCUUAUCCCUGACCUUUGGCCAUGAUGGCUGGGGACAAUUGCAGGUGCACUCCAAUAUCUGGAGAGCACUAUGUCAGCAAUCUCUGCUUCAACGUAUUUCUCGGUUCCUAAAUUUGCUUCCACAGAAGUGUGUGCCUUGUAAAAGCCUUUAAAAAAUUGCUUUCUCUUUCAGGCUAUACCGUAUUUUUCGUUCCAUUGGACGUACCGGACCAUAGGACGCACCGGACCAUAGGAGGGGGAGAACAGGGAAAAUUUUUUUUUUCUUGUUCUCCCCCUCUAAAACAAGGUGCGUUCAAGGUACAUUCACCAGAGCUUGUGGGGCUGGCGGUGGGGGGAAGCGCUGCUUUCCCCCACCGCCAGCCUCAAAGAUCCCUGAAGCCUUUGGAGCGCAGCGCCCCGCUGCCCUGCAGAGGUUUGCGCGCAGCCAUCCCCAAGCUAGAACAGCGAGACGGAGCCCUCCGUCUCGCUGUUCUGGCUUGGGAACAGCCUUGCUAGCUUCUGCAGGACAGCGGGGUGAAGGCACCCCGCUGCCCUGGAGAGGCUGUGCGCGCAGCCAUCCCCAAGCUAGAGCAGCGAGACGGAGCGCUCCGCAGUGCUCCGUCUUCCUGUUCUGGCUUUGGGCUUAGCGGCGCAGCCUGCAUUCGCUCUAUAGGAUGCACACACAUUUCCCCUUAAUUUUUGGAGGGGGAAAUGUGCGUCCUAUAUAACGAAAAAUACGGUAAGUGCAUUUCUGCACAGAGAUGCAUUUGCAUGUGGAAAACACUUAAACUCUUCUCAUUCCAUGUGGUGGGAGGCUAUUCUCACAGUUGACGCUGCCUGCUUCCUUUAGCCUCUCUGUUGCUGUCUGCAUUGAUAACUAGCCCCUUCCAAAAGUCGAUAUAAUUAAUGAAGCUCUAGCAACAAAGCUAAGAGUCUUGUGGCACCUUAAAGAUUAAUAAAUUUAUCAUGGCAUGAUCUUUCAAUGUGCUGCAAUCAGGAGCUGUUCAACGGUGGAAUGGACUCUCUGCAGAAGGUGGUGGGUUCUCCUUCCUUGGAGGUUUUUAAGCAGACGUUGGCUGGCCACCUGUCAGGGAUGCUUUAGCUGCAUUGCACAGGGUUGGACUAGAUGACGCUCGGGGAGCUGUGCUAUGAUUCAGUCCUUAAACCUCUGUUUCCAUAGGCAGCCACAAUGACUCUGCAUAUGCUAGGUUUAGUGUUUCAGUUAAUGCUUGACACUUACGGAAAGUGAAUUAGAUAAGUGUUAAUUGGAUAAGUGUUAGAUGUUCAUCAGUGUGAUGGUGUGGCAUUAAUAGGUUUGCAUAACAUAGUCCAGGAAUAAUAAGUGGCGCUCUAAUUGGGCCUGCUUGACUCCGCCAGGAUAAUACUGUGCCCACUAGUGACAGGUGGAAUGUGGAGCAUUACAGUCUGCCCAGCUGACGUGGGAUGGAUCAGAGCCAGUUAUUGGGUUGGAAGGUUUUCAGACUGUAAUGAUCUGUGGUAAGCUCAUCAAGCGUUAUUGCUGUGUCAUUCCGCGGCAGCAUCUUGACCCAGGCGAACAUGGCUACUUGCAAAGCUACACCUGGGUCAUGUGGACUUGUACAAGUCAAGAUGUAAGGUAGUAAUUACAGUUAUAGUGUACGACUUAUUUGCACCAGGUUUUCCUGUGUGUUUGCAGCUGUUUGCGUUCCCAUUUAAUUCGCAGACCACAGGACAUUGCCCUCAAAGAACAGUACAGCGGUACCUCGGGUUACGUACGCUUCAGGUUACAUACGCUUCAGGUUACAGACUACGCUAACCCAGAAAUAUUACCUCGGGUUAAGAACUUUGCUUCAGGAUGAGAACAGAAAUCGUGCUCUGGCGGCGCAGCAGCAGCAGGAGGCCCCAUUAGCUAAAGUGGUGCUUCAGGUUAAGAACAGUUUAAGGUUAAGAACGGACCUCCGGAACGAAUUAAGUUCUUAACCCGUGGUACCACUGUAGUCUCAAUACUUACCCCCUGUAAAUUCAGGUUUGCCCAAGAUAGGGGAAAAUGGGGCUCUAAACUGCUCCACCAGGGUCACAGGCUAUUUGUUUCAGUGUUUUGGGGUGGGUGGAUUAAUGGUCACUUUCUGCUAUUCUCCUUUCCAUGCCUGCUGCUUCCUUAGUGCUUUCAUUUCCCCCCCAGCUGUGGUCAUAACUAUUUCCGGUGCUCUCCCGAUCUUUUUGAUCCCUCAGAUUUGCAGAAAGCCAGAAAACUGCAGAAGCAAAUCAUAUUUAAAAAAACAUCACCAGAUAUAUUGGGCAGCAAUCCGAAAAGUGUGUGUUGAGUGUUUACAAUCACUUUAAUUUCUUUUCCAGCAUGCCAGUAAUGGAGAGUCAGGCACUUAGCCUCUCUCUCUCUCUGUUCCCUCAGAUUUGCAAGAAAACUGUACAAGCAAAUUUACAAGUUGCCUGAUGGUGUGCUUUUGCAAACUUCUUGAGUGGGGAAUCUUUUUUUUAAAAAAGGCUCUGUGCACAUGCCUUGUCAGUAUUUAACUGGCAUAAUAGAAGCAACAAAUUUGAAGGCAAACACAAGCACAAAAGGGAAAGCCUGCUGUUAUGAUUGGGAAAAGAACAAAGUUGUUCCUCAUAUGCAAAUUCACAUGUGUGGGUGUGGAUUUCUGUGGUCUAAUUCAAACUGGUGGGGUAGGAUGGGGGGAGAGUUAACAGCAGAGUAAUGCUCAAGUGUGGACAAGCCCAUGGAUCGUAGUAACUGUUGGUAAUAGGAAAAUGCCCAAGGCUUUGCAGUUGAAUAUGAAUUUGAAUCAGAAUUUGCUUACACGCCCCAAACCUCCCAUUGCUCAAUAUGCUGAUUUCUCUUUCUUUCCAUUUCAUUUCAACCAUAAAAACGAUGUUGCAAGUGCAGUUAGAUGUCUCUCUUGGCACUAUGUGACUAAGCAGCGUACUGCGACUGAUCCUCAAAUUUUAUAGCUCAAUUGGUAGAGCAUAAGACUUGUAAUCUCAGGGUUGUGGGUUCGAACCUCACGUUGGACAAAAUGUGCAUUGCAGGGGGUUGGACUGGAUGACCCUUGUGGUCCUGUCCGACUCUACAAUUCUAUGAUUCUCUAUAGCAAUAAGAUCCUGAAGCAAGUCAUUUGUUCUAUCUGUUCAGUACUGUGUAUAAUAUAAGAGUUUCUACAUCAAAAAUGGGGAACCUGCGGGCCUCUAGAUCACUUCAGCUGGUGGUUGGGCCCUGCUUAUAUGCAGAUGCUGAGAACUGAAACUGUGAUCUUUUGCAGUCAAAACAUGUGAAAUACAGCACUUCUCCAUUCCACGCCUUGAGUCCACGUGCUACCUGGGGAACUUGUUUUGUUAAGAACAUUUGUUCCAUGUCUGAAAAAAGAAAUUUUGUAGAGGUUAUGACAAGCAGAAGUGUUUCUUCCAUAACCUAACCUAACCAAUUUUUUUUAAUUUUUUUUUUUGCUACCUCUGAAUUCCAGCUUUGUAUUAGUAGCAACCUUCCCAAGACAUUUAAACCUUGGGACAAAACCUUCCUGUCUAGAAUGGUUUGUUUUUAUUAACUUAUUUUAUUAGUUUAUGAAUCACCUUCUACAUAGGUCCGAAGGCAAUUUACAAACAUAAAAACAGCUGAGAAUAAUUUUAAAAAGAGUACCCAAAAUAAAUGGUGAUAGGUUUAAAAAUGAUACAAAAUGAGCAAUACAUGUGUACUCAAUUCCUGUACUGGCAACAUAGGAAGCUGUCUCAUACUGAGUCAGACCAUUGCAUCCCAUAUUUUCUUGCUCUCCAGGGUUUCAGGUAAGGAAUUGUUCCCAGCUGCUGCAUCCUUUCCCAAAAUCUAGUGCCUAAGGUUUCCCCCUCCCUCUUGGGUCACAUUUGGAGCUGAUCUGCAUUGUCAGAAAUGCCACGUAGCAUUUCUGGAACUGUGCUGCUUCAGAAUUCAGGCAUGCUAUUGUACGAUGGAACUUUCUUCCAUUUCAAAACUUGUAUGCCUGUGGGAAGCUAGCAUAGAAUCAUAGAUUUGGAAGAGAUGCCCAAGGCAUCUCUACUAAAGCUUCCAUGACAGGUGGCCAUCCAGCCUCUUCUUCAGUGAAGGAGAGUCCACCACCUUCUGAGGAAGUCCGUUCCAUGGUCAAACAGCCUUUUCCAUCUGUGACCUCCGUGAAGUCCAAAAUGAAAGGUUAGCUGAUUCGUCAAAUGUAACCAGUUAUAAAAGCCAUGGGUAUUCAGUACUUUAAUUUACCCUUUCAAAAAAGUUAUCUUUGAAGGAGGAAUGUCGUUCUUUAAUUACAAGGGCAAACCAACGAUAAUCGUCUUGGUGAGUGGGGUGUUGUUCACUGCCAAAAUGUUUCGGAUAAUUUCCAUAACCAGCACUAUAGUCCACAUUUCACCAGUCACAGAAGUCAGUUACAGAGCUAAUUGUAGCAAUCACUUCAAAGUAUAUUGCGUAACUGUGGCUAACAAACUGUGUCGACAUGCUGAUGUGGGAGGAGGGUUGUACAUUCUGAGCAUAUAUCUGAGCAGGAUGGGAGAAAGCCAAGGUUAUCUUGCUUCUGGAAUGCCAAUGCCUUCCCUCCUGACAAGUUCUACUUGCUUUAGGGCAAAAACUAGGCCUGUUUAACAGGACCCACAGUGAACUUGCGAACAUCAGCUGAUGUCCCAGUAUCCUGUCAAAUUCUUUACUACUUUUUGAAGUAGUGUACUCUUGCCGAUUGCUCAACACCAAACUGCUGCCUUACUCUGGAUGUUCUAAUUAUCAUAGAAUUGUAGAACUGGAGAGUUGGAAGGGACCUCGAGGACCAUCUAGUCCAACCCCCUGCAAUACCGGAAUCUUUUUGCCUAAUGUGGGGCUCGAACUCACAAUCCUGCAAUUAAGAGUCUCAUGCUCUAUCUAUUGAGUUACAGCAACCCAGAGUCUCUGCAUUGACCACUCUUGAGGCGCAUGGAAAUUGUUUGUGGAAGUCCCCAUUUGCACCCGCAGAAAACUGAAACCUCUUUUCAGUGUUGCACUGAAGACCUUACUGGCAUGCCCAAACCUUUUCGUUACUCGAUAUAUUUUCAUGCUUUGUUUUAUACUGUUGUAAACUGCUCAGAGGCUUGUGAGUUUGUUUUGCGGUGAAACAGUUUGUAAAUGUUGUCAGAUAAAACAAGAAAUAAUGCCCGGCCUUAGACAUGUUUUGGCAACGUGGCUUUUCAUUUGCAAAGCUACAGUGGCAUAUGGUUGCCCAGUAUUUUGGUCCUUGUUGGGCUACGUGGGUGGUCAAGGGACACUUUAGACUAUGCUUCCUCAAACUCAGCCCUCCAGAUGUUUUGAGACUACAAUUCCCAUCGUCCCUGACCACUGGUCCUCCUAGCUAGGGAUCAUGGGAGUUGUAGGCCAAAAACAUCUGGAGGGCCAAGUUUGAGGAAGCCUGCUUUAGGCCAGCAGUGCCUCACUUGAGGCCCACUGGUUUUUCCUUGACUCAGCUCCCAUCAUCCCUGAGCAUGGGCCAUCCUGGCAGAUGGGAUUUGGGUAUCCAACCACCUCUGGAGGGCCACAGGAUUCCCAACCCUGCUCUUAGACCACCGCUUUUUAGAGAGAGCCUCAUGAGAACACCCUUCCAUAUCACUUAUUUAAUGUUAAACGUUGGGAGUCUGAUCUCUGAUAAAGGACCCUAAGCUGAGAAAUGGGAUGGGGGAGCCUUAGAAGGAUAUGUGCCUUUCUCAAGGUUGGUGAAUCACUGAAGUUGGGCUGUACCCCAAACGGAGGACAGUGGGCAGGACACCGUGAGCUUCCCGGAGUGUCUGAGGAGUGCUGCGGCUCCAACAUGUAGAGGCCUGGAGUGCUGUGUGAUGAAAUAAGAUUUUGGUGCUGUACUCUGUCAAAAGAGAUCCUUGGGAACAUCUAGGCAGGUGCCCUUGAGACGACAGAGGUUUUACGGGUUGGGCCAAGGGGAGUUGCCCCUGUCUAACCAGUCUGUUCAACGAAUCAAACAUUGGGAAACUCCUAAGCCCCCAAAAAGCACUUCUGGGAAUGAGUUGGAGUCUCGACGGCAGGCAUGCUUGCCAGGUGUGCUGGAUGCUGAUUACAGAGCUUAGGAAAUGGACGUCGCCUGAGGUGACCUUAAAAGUGCCGUCAUCACCUGCAGAUGAACAUGGAUCAUUGGCAUGCUUGCCGACAAAAGGGGAGGGGAACAGCCCUCCAAUCGUGGUGGGAAAUGAAUUGAAGACCACCAAGGGCAAGCCUGCCCAGCCAUCCAAUUUUAUUAUGUGCAUUUGUCUUAAAAUCUGUUGGUUUCAUCUACUUUUGAUAAUUUUAUUACGUCUGCUGGUUUUGUUGCAAUUUUUAAAUUAAGGUUUCAUGCCUUUUUGUUUGUAAGUUUUUUUGUUCUUGAUUAAGUGGUGCAGAACUUUUGCCAAAUAAAGCCUCUUCCUGCGGUAUAUGGAGGCUGGCGUAAGGCAAUGGCAUAGUCUGCUUGGUGCAGGAUUGCCAAGUUUUCCAGUACUGUGACGCCUGGGUAGAUAGAAGCUUGUUUGUGUUAUCAGAAGACAGGAAUGCAAGGUCCACGGAGCAUUGUUUGAAAUAGGACUCCUGCUUCCCUUAACCAAGGCCUGCUGGUUGGAAGAUUCCCACAAAAGUCUGCUUUGGAAUCUUCCGCUAAGUUCACCUUUGCUUUACUUGCUGAGUGUGAUGACAAGGGCCAGACUGAGUACCUUCCUCCUCCACUUUAAGCUCCACACGUUUAUUCUAACGUAUUUUCUCCUCUAAACCCUUCAGAUCCAAAACUUCGCAUGGCAGAACUGUGGCCCUCCAUCUGAUCCUGCUGUAAUCAGGAGUUUGUCCAUAUCUCCAGAUCCAGUUUCGAUGCCAGGAGAUGUGACAGUCAGCGUAGCCGCUGCUACCACUGUGGCCCUCACUUCACCUCUGAAGGUAUGUAUGUGGAAGGCCAGUGGGCCAAGCCAGGUAGAAGUGGUACCUUCACACUGGGAACAGUUUCAGUGCUCUAAUGAGGACAAACAUGACUUGAUGAAGCGUGUUUGCAACUAUGGGCUCCUCUGCACUUCCGUUUGCCCCACUACUUUCUCCCAGGAAAACCCGCGGUUUCACACGGAGUCAGAACAAUCUGCAAUGGGGUUUUCCACAGGUUGCUGUUGGUUCCCAUUUUGCACUAAACCGCAGGUUUACCCGGGAAAAGAGGCAGGACAAAGGCAAAACUGCUUGAACCUGUGCUUUUUAGGCAUGGGACAAGUGGAAGUGUGGACCGAGGCCUAUCUGGGACUAGCACUAGAUUGCAUUGGGCAAUCAGGAAUGCCAAAUCCAGGUGUGGACCACAGCUUUCCCCGCUUCCUUCCUUUUUCUUCCCCUCCAGAGUUGUGGUCAGAAAGAAGACAUCUUUUCCAAAAGGACAGGCAUGGGGAACUUGUGGCCUUCUAGAUGCUGCUAGACCUCUGCUCCCAUCACCUCUGACCAUUGGCUGUGCUGGCUGGGGCUGGUGGGAAUGAGAGCUCAGUAGCAGGAGCUAGAAAAGAGGAUAUACAGUGGUACCUCGGGUUACAGACGCUUCAGGUUACAGACUCCGCUAACCCAGAAAUAUUAUCUCAGGUUAAGAACUUUGCUUCAGGAUGAGAACAGAAAUCAUGUGCCGGUGGCACGGCAGCAGCAGGAGGCCUUAUUAGCUAAAGCGGUGCUUCAGGUUAAGAACAGUUUCAGGUUAAGAACGGACCUCCGGAACGAAUUAAGUACUUAACCUGAGGGACCACUGUAUUCAAGAUUUACAGGCCCCUCUUUUCUUUUCUGUUUUUCUUUUCCAAGUAAAGGAAUUUGAUAUGUAAGUGCAUGUCAAGAAAAUAUGAGCCAAUAAAAUGUGAUCUGGGGGGAAAAGGGCUUCACUAGAUGGGGCGAGUCUCUCUCAUUGACAUAGGAUCUCCGUCCGAGUCUCUGAAUGGAAAACUGAAGUCAUAGAAUCAUAGAGUUGGAAGGGACCCUGAGGGUCGCCUAGUCCAACCCCCUGCAACGCAGGACUAUGCAGCUGUCCCAUACAGGGAUUGAACCUGCAACCUUGGCAUUAUCAGUACUGCUCUCUAACCAGCUGAGCUAUCCAGUCCUGUGUUUAAAUGGGAAAUAUCCCUUAGGAUAAGGCAGAGGGGUGUGCACUGCCUUUCCCCCUAUAAAUCAGCCAGCAUAAUACAAAUCUUUAGAUGGGGCAGGGCUUGUGAAAAGCUCCUGAGGGAUGUUUUCCCUAAUUAGAGGUUUCCUUUCUCUAAUGUGCUAAUGUGGGGUAAUUUGAGCCUAAAACAUCUAAUCAUUAGGUAGACGACAUAUGAACAUUUCUACUUGACAUGUCGCACAGGUAGGCUGAGCAGAAAUGGGAGCUUUCUUCCGCACAACAAUUCAGACCCCUUAACAGGCUGCGACGGCCAAAGAAACAAAACUGGGACAACCUAGUGUUGGUCACUCUCCAGAAUCCCCUUUUUGAAACAGAAGUAUGUUGUGCUGAGUUGAGCAAACCCCUUAGUCCUGUGGCUGGUAGGAGCUGGCCUUACCAUGACCACCUAUGCUGAAAUGUUACUGUGCGGUUUUCAGUGGGAUCAAGUUCUGCUGGUGUGGGUAUGAAGCACUCGAAAUUCCUGCUAUGCUAACCACUGCUGAGCACCUGACUGCCUAUCAGCAGGAACUGGGCUGGGCCCAGCCGCAUCCUCCCCUGUUAAGCAAUGGUCCCCUGCAUGACCAUAGAAUUGUAGACUGGGAGGGACCUUGGGGGUUCCACCCCCUGCAUUGCUGGAAUAGGAUGUUGAAAUCUGUUUCAUUUGCAUGUGUUAAGUCUCAACCUUACUUCUUAGUUCAGCCAAGUGGGGCGGGGUAGGGGGUGGGCUUGGGUGCUUGGCAGAGAACCCUGGAAGAGGCAGUGUCAGUAUUGAAAUGGCCUCCCUUUUGGAAAGAUGGUGAUUAUUUAUAGAGAAUACUCCUAACGCAGGCGAAAACAUGCUGGCCUGUGUUUGUGGGUUGCAUUGAAGCAACACAUCUGAUCAAAAUAUUGGUAGCUAAGAUAUGUAUACAGUGGUACCUCAGGUUACAUACACUUCAGGUUACAGACUCUGCUAACCCAGAAAUAGUACCUCGGGUUAAGAACUUUGCUCUGGCAGCGCAGCAGCAGCGGGAGUCCCUAUUAGCUAAAGUGGUGCUUCAGGUUAAGAACAGUUUCAGGUUAAGAACGGACCUCCGGAACGAAUUAAGUACUUAACCUGAGGUACCACUGUAUGUCAAAUGCCUACACACAAACACCUUCUCUUUCCGGGCCCUAGGCCUGGAAACUUUGAUUGUGUGACUUCGAUGAUGCAAGUCGCUUGGGUCUUCACCUCUCUUGCUAGUACAGUCAUACCUCAGGUUACGGUCCGCAGCGCCCCGGAAGUAACGGAGCGUGUUACUUCUGGGUUUUGCCACUCGCACAUGCACAGACGCUCAAAAAUGAUGUCACUCGCAUGUGCGGAAGCAGCGAAUCACGACGCACGCACGCGCAGACAUGGGUUGCGUUCACUUCAGCAUGCGAACGGGGCUCCGGAACGGAUUCCGUUCGCAUCCAGAGGUACCACUGUAUAAUUCUACUGGUGAUUUUCAGAGCUGUCUUUAAUCUCAUGCUCGUGUUUAGUGGUGGUAUUCCUGCUUUAGAGAUGAAGGAAACAGGAGCACAGAGCUCCUAUGUGUAGAAUCAUAGAGUUGGAAGGGAUCUCUAGUCCCCCUACAAUGCCAAAUUUACAUCUACAGAAUCCCUGAGGCCAUCCAGCCACUGUUUAAAAACUUCCAAAGAAGUAGAGUCCACCACCUUCUGAUGUAGUCAGUUCUGCUGCUGAGCAGCUCUUCCCUUCAGAGAGUUAGGUUUAGUCAGAAUCUCCUUUCUUUUAAUUUGGAUCUGUUGGUUCGAGUCCUACCCUCUACAGCAGGAUAAAACAAGCAUGUUCCCUAUUCCAUGUGACAGCCCUUCAGAUAUUUGAAGAAGGCUAUUGUAUCAUAUCUCCUCCCAGUCUCCCCUUUUCCAGGCUGAACGUAUCCAACUCCUUCAACCAUUCCUCUUAAGGCUUGGUUUCCAGACCCUCCUCUGCACACGUUCCAGCUUGUCUGAUGACCUGCAGGGAAACUGAAGCAGAAGAGGAAAAUGCACUCCACUGACCAUGGGAUAACCUAUAGGACUUAACUAGCAGGGAAGCCCUUCAGCCUCCUUAAAGACCUUUCUUAUAAGCAGCUCCACACUUGAGCUUAUAUCGGGCCUUUAGGCUACCAAUUGUUUUUUGCCACUUCCUAUCCUGUGACAGAUUCCCUGGACAGCUGCAGACAUGGAAUUCUUCCUGGGUUGGUCCAGGUGCCACAGCAAACCAUGAUUUGUCAAGCGCACGGACUUGGUGUGAGGGUUCGAUCUUGGUUCCUUAUUAUUUCCUGCAGGGCAAGCACAAACCAUAGUUGGCCCGUUAGGCCAAAAUGGCAAACCGAGGUUGCCGCAAAUCAGGAAAGGAGGCGGGAAAUUGCUGCAAGGGAGGGAGAAGUGUGUGCUUGGGUGCUCAGUCCAGGCUCACAUUUGUAAUGCCAAACCGUGGUCUGCCAUUCCAUCUUGCCACAGCAAAAGCAUGCACCUUUCUCGAAUGGGCUUGAGAUAUGAAAAAGAAGGCUGUGAUGAGUCUUUGUAACCAAGUAGAUUUAGAUGCGGGUGGCGCUGUGGGUUAAACCACAGAGCCUAGGGUUUGCCGAUCAGAAGAUCGGCGGUUCGAAUCCCCGCGACGGGGUGAGCUCCCGUUGCUCGGUCCCAGCUCCUGCCAACCUAGCAGUUUGAAAGCAAGUCAAAGUGCAAGUAGAUAAAUAGGUACCACUCCGGCAGGAAGGUAAACGGCGUUUCCGUGCUCUGCUCUGGUUCGCCAGAAGUGGCUUAGUCAUGCUGGCCACAUGACCCAGAAGCUGUACGCCGGCUCCCUCGGCCAAUAAAGCGAGAUGAGCGCCACAACCCCAGAGUUGGUCACGACUGGACCUAAUGGUCAGGGGUCCCUUUACCUUUACUAGAUUUAGAGAGUUUAAACUUGAGGCAUCGGGGGAAGUGCAAGUGAGCUUCACUUCCUUUUACGAGGCUUCAGAUACAAUAUGGAAAGAGGAGGUGACCUCCAAAGAGGAACCUGUGUGUGUGCGUGUGCGUGCGUGCAUGCAUGCACCACCUGUUUCCCAUUCAAAGAGCUGUGGCCUUUUGCUUCGUUCUCAGUAUGGGUGCCACCAUUUCUGGGACCCCAGUGGAUGCCUUGCCACCCCUCCACUUACACUGCCUUCCUGCAUCUCCUCUCCAGCAAGCUCCCUAAUUUAUUUAUUUUUUGCAAGAUUCCUUUUUUGAAACAUGCGGAAGAAGCGUCACAAGAGGUAGCAUGACUUGCUUGUGUGUUCCUGUCCAGUGCUGCUUUUUAGGACUCUGGCACAACGGGACAGGAAUCCUCCUUGAGCUGGGGCUGGCGCACUCUCCCUGGUGCCCGUCCUAUUUAGCAAGAGCACAUUGGUCCAUAAUGGCAAUUCCUAAAGAAGGACACUGUCAGAGAACAGCUUGCUGGAGAAGAGACUCGGGGAGGCAAUGCUGGGUGCUUGAGCAGUGGGAUCAGGUACACCCUGGGAAUAUCCUUACACUGCCUCUGGUUUUCUCAAACUCUCCAUGCAAAGCGACAGGUCAGGCAAAGGAAAGCACGAGAGCCAGUGUGGUGUAGUGGUUAAGAGCGGUGGACUCGUAAUCUGGUGAACCGGGUUCACUUCCCCACUCCUCCACAUGCAACUGCUGGGUGAUCUUGGGCUAGUCACACUUCUCUGAAGUCUCUCAGCCUUACUCACCUCACAGAGUGUUUGUUGUGGGGGAAGAAGGGCAAGGAGAAUGUUAGCCGCUUUGAGACUCCUUAAGGGCAGUGAAAGGUCCAAACUUCUCCUCCUCCUCCUCCUCCUCCUCCUCCUCCUCCUCCUCCUCCUCUUCUUCUUCUUCUUCUUCUUCUUCUUCUUCUUCUUCUUCGUUAAACUGUGGAGGCAUUGCUCACCACCAACCUGGAUGGCUUUUAAAGAGGAUUAGACAAAUCCAUGGGGAGGAGAUGAGGCUAGCAAUGGCUAAUAAUCACAAUAUGUUCUCCGUAUACUGUCAGAGCCAGUAUUCCUCUGAAAGCUAGUUGCUGGGGAGUGCAAGCAUGGAGAGUGCUCUUGCACUCAGGUUCUGCUUAGGGGCUUCUCUCAGGCAUCUGGAUGUGAGAAGAGGAAUCUGGACUAGAUGGGUCUUUGGCCUGAUCCAUCAGGGCUCUUAUGUUCUGAUGACAGUGAAGAUGCAGCUGGGGCAGAGGGCCAUGGGCCCACUUAGGCGCCACGGCAAAUGCCUGAAUUCUCCGGUGUUGCAGAAAAACGGAACUUUGCUCAUUGAGGGAAAUGCCUGGCAUUAUUAUACAGAGCAGCCUUAUGUUCAGUGAGAGGAAGGAAAAUAGCUAAGCUCAGCUGCUCCUGAAACAUCUCUGAAAGCAAGAGAGGCCUUGUGAGCUAUCAUGCAGGUAGGGCCUGUUUUCAAACCAGUUGGAGCUGGGAGGCUUAAUUAGGGUUGUUCCUUGCCUAUUCAGCCAGGUUGCAUGUUUAAACCCAAGUGUGGCAGGAGUACAUGUGGAAAAGAUCUAGGGGUCUUGGUGGACCACAACCUUAACUUGAGUCAAUCACGUGGUGCAGCAGCAAAAAAAGCUAAUGAUCUUCUAGGCUGCAUCAACAGAAGUCAAGUGUUCAGAUCAAGGGAAGUCAUAGUCCCGCUCUAUUCUGCCCUGGUCAGACCACACCUGGAGUACUAUGUCCACAGAUUAAGAAGGAUAUUGACAAGCUGGAACAUGUGCUGAGGAGGGGAGACCAAGAUGAUCAAGGGUCUGGAAACAAAGUCUUAUGAGGAACAAUUGAGGAAGUUGGGUAUGUUUAGGCUGGAUAAGAGGAGACUGAGAGGAGAUAUGAAAGCCAUCUUCAAAUAUAUUGUUGGUUUUUGGUUUUUGUUUUUUUAAAAACCCUGUGAAGAAGCUGCAGGUAGUUUCAGACUGAGAGGGUUUAACAGAAGCUGUUUACCCCUUCACUUUGUCUGUUCAGAAAUGCACACGCAUGCGCACACACCCACAUUUGUUUUUCUGUCAUUGAGAGGGAAGAUGCAGAGGGGAGAAGGAAUUCUGAACAGAUCAGUGUCUGGGAAGGAAAUGGUAAAGCAGUUCCUCUGUACAGAAGCACACUUUGAAGCAGGUGCUUUUCAAUAUAAAAGAAGGAUGGGGGGUGUAUAUCUGGGACCAGAACUUGCUCUAAUGUGGCCAUUCAUUUGUUUCUUCUCAGUUUUACGUAUUGCCUCUGCCUGUCGAAUGUUGCGGUGUUGUUCUGUGUUUCUUUAUUGUUGCAUACUGCCCAGUAAUCUGUUACAGUGAAGGUCAAGUCAGGGGGGGAAAGCAUAAAGAAAUCAUGAAUUGUUGCUCCUUACUGCCCUCUUGUGGUGGUACCUAAGAGCUGACUCCAAUCAAAGCUGCAAAUUAGAGCCCACUCAGGUGCUUCUGGGGACUGACAAGUUCCCAGCCUCUGGUAAUAAGAGGUACCGUAUAUCGAUGUUAUCAAUGGUGAUGAUGAUGAGGCCAUCGAUGAGGGAUAAUGGGAGUUGCGGUCUUUCAAAUGAUGAUGGACUACAGGCUCCCCAACCUUGGCCUAUAGGUAGGAUGGCCAGUUGUCCAAGCUAUAGUAAGCAUUGAGCUGUGGGUGAUUUUUGAGGAGGAAAGUCGGAGGUUAAAUUAAUGUUUGUGUAUAAUGUUUACUUCUAGGGAGAGGUUGUUUUGGAGAAGAAGAUUGGCGAUAUGUGGAUAAAGGUCCCCUGCGUGCAAGAUCUUGGCAGCUGCACCUAUAAAGAUUUGUGUGCCAUACUGGAUCAGGUUAUUCCUCCCGGCCAGCCAUGUCCGGAACCAUUGCAGUCUUAUGACAUUCCUUGCCAUUGCCCCUUCAGAGCGGUAAGUUUAAGCUUCUCCCUCUUGGGAACCAAAGAAACAAAUCCCACAUGGGAUGGGCAGCUGCAAGGCAUGCCACCAAAUUCCACAUCCCUGUGGAAUGUGCAGGUCCAUCAGAGAAGGACAGGGGUUCCAUACAGCUGAUAGGCUUAACCAAGGUUUGCAGUCAAAUUUGCUGCAUGUUUAAUAAUCAAGGAAGUACGGGGGCAGGGCAGAUAAGAAAGCUUAUAGACACAUCUCCAUGUAAAGAUUUGAAACCCCCGUAGUGCAGUGCACCUAUAAUUAAGCCCCAUGUGCAUUAAAAGAAAUUAAGGGAGAAUGAUGAAGUUCAGUAAAGGAAUGAUGGAGCUGGCUGUCUUUCCAACAGAUAGCUGGGUUUCCUCUGGAAAACCAAUACUUGGAGCCUGAAAGAUGAGUUUUAAAACGGCAUUCCUCAUGCAAGUUUUGCAGACCUUUAAUUCAGUCCGAUUUCUGCCCAACUCUGCUCCACAUCUGCAUCCUGUAAACCGAAAAGGGGCAGCCUACGAGGUAUUUUUCAGGGAUGCUUUUAGCAGCUCCUUGUGUCCUAAGGCAAGGUUCAGAGUUAGUGCAUUGCUCAUAUAGGGACAUCUCUAGGCGGCAGCUUGGGCCUUAUAUGCGAUGGAGUAGUCAGAAGCUGCUGACUCCAGCUAACCCACUCAUGCUUCUAGAAAAGAGCAUCUUCUAGAUUUUGACAGACUUGAGUGCAUUGGUUUGUAUGUUUUCAGUUGUGCAAACUGGGUGAGCCUGCUGGCUCCCAGUGAGGGGCUGGAAUAUUUCAGUGGCCAUACCUAUCAACCUGUAAUUUCUCCUUGAUUUCAUACUGUAAAAGAUCUGCUUAUUGAGUGUUACCUAUUGGCAGUGUUAGUAUACCUGAUGAAGGGAGCAGAAAGUGUUGGCUGAUAUGGGCUGACAGAUCUUUGUGUGUGUUUUCUCCUUUCAGGGUUCUUACAACUUGCCUUCCUCCACCUUCUACAUCCCCACCUUGGAUUUGCCUCCCAUGCUCACCAAUGGGGACUACAAGUUCCAGGUUGUGCUGAGCAAUGGUGACCAACAGCUGGGCUGUCUCAGGUUGUCACUUUCCCUGCACUCUGAGAGCCGGUGGUAUUGGUGACUACAACGCAGGCAUCUUUGGGCUUGAGUGCCACAUUUCUUACUCUCCCCCCCCCCCUUGAAUUGCUAAUACUGAGACUUCUUAGCUGCAACUGCUUUUAUGAUGGCUUCUGAGGAGGAGCCAAGAUGAUGAUGUGAACAGCAGCCUCUAUCUUUCACUCUGCUUAAAAAAAAUUUUUUUUAACUUCUGCUGAUUGCUUUUAAUCACUUGGAAAAACCACCAAACUCAAUGAAGGAAUGUUCAGAAAUAUUUUUUUUAAAAAUCGGAAAUUGAGAUGUCUGUGCCUAACUAGGGUUUAUGCAUUGGUUAUAAUGAGGGCAGCUUUCCCUAACCUUGGUCCCUCCUCCCCCAAGGCAUUGUUGGACCAGAGCUCUCAUCAUCUCUAAACAUUGGCUAGGCCAGCCGGGGAUGGUGGAAGGUGUGGUCCAAUAAUUCCCAGGGGAGCCAGUUGGGGAAGGCUGGAUCAGGACCACAUCACCCUGGAUAUAUAUGCUACACAGGGGUAGGGAGUGCAUAAUGGCUAUGCGGAUAGAUGUAAGUGCAGCUUCUCAGCUUGGUAAAGUGACACAUGCAUAAUCUUUAUACAUCACCGUCCAUAAGAUUCCUCUACACCCCCAGGGUCUCAGACUAUGGGGUUGUGAGAAUACUGAAAGGUUGUUGGGGUAUGCUGACAGGAUAGCUUGAGCAGACUCAUGAAGCAGUAACCAAGGGAAGAAACCACACUUCCUGCUUUCUGCAUCACAGAUCAAAAUAGCCAGGCAGGCUCCACCAUCUCCUCUGUAUUUACUUCUGCAACAUCUGCCUGGUCAAGGUGGCUCAUUCACUCUGCCAUACACCAAGCACGCUAUAUGAUCAAGCAGUUCCAAUCCCUCAAAAGACCCAUAUCUCUUAGUCUUUUGCUGCCUAAGUUGAAUUUUGUGCAUGAAAACUAGAUCCAAGCAAGAGAGUGGGACAAUGAAGAGAACUAAGCCUUCUAUAAAACACACACACACUUUACACCUCCUGAUUCCAUAUAUGCUGUUUCAUGCUCCUGUUUGGUGCUUGGUUAGAGAGAGGGGUUUUUGGUGGGAUUUAUCUGUUCAAGUCAGCUUCUGAUAAAAGCAGAAGGAAAACGCUCAACAUAAAAGAUCUGUAUGGUAUUUCAUGCAAGACUCUUGCCAACAUUUCUGAAAAAGGACCAAAUGCUUGCAGUGCUCUCCCAAGGUAUCUGUGGACAGUUUGGGGACUGUUGGGCAAAGUGACAAAUUUCCAUCUCUGUGGGAAUUUUCUCUUCUUGUUCAACUAGAGAAUGAAAGAUGCUUACUUAACUUCUAUUUCCUAAGGAACCAAUUAAUCCCACACUGAUGGGAGUCCGGGGGGGGGGGGGGCGGCGGCGGGGGAAUCACAGAUCUCUAUUAUUCUCAAGGAGAUGUGCUCUGGAUUGAAGGAGAACAAAAAUUCUAACAUUCCAAAUGGUACCAUUAUGAACCAAGUAAUCUAAUUGCAUGAAUCAGCCAAGUAAUCUGAUGACAUGAAUAUAAGAUGUAUAGUUGUUGUGCCAUAUGGUGACAGUUUGAGUACUGUGUAUAAUUUCUGUGUUCUUUGAGGUGAUGAACAGAUUUGCCGAAUACAUAUUGCAUGUGCGGAACUGGUAAGAGACUGUUACAAUGAGCCUGGACAUCUGGACUAAGAAUUAGUCGCCUGCUUGGUUGGUGCUCAUGGAAACUCUUCCCUCAACCUCCAUAAUGUGUGAUGGAGCUCUUGGGUGUGUUUCCUCCUUUUCUUUCCCUCCACCUUGCUUUCCUCCCAAUGAGACCUUAAGCUUGUAGGGUGAUUGUUUUAAGCCUCACACGUUUUUAAGGAUUUGUACCUGUACUCCAGGUAUACAAUAUACUUUGCCCUGUUUUAUUACCCUUGUUGGUACUGACAUUAAUAGAACUCUGCCUGAUGUAUUCAGUGGGGGUGUUAAUUGUAGUAACCCUCCUUACCUUGUGCCAUACUGGAUAGGCCAUGAUGACUGUGCACUUUAUUUCACAAUGCCAUCUUGAAUAUCUGAACUCCCCAAAAGCUGGUCCUUCCAUGUUCCAAACAUACUUUUGUGUCUAACCCAUCUCUACCAUGCACCAUGUGCUUCUUGUUCCCCUCCUAUGCAAACAAAUAUUGAGACUCUGGGGAAAAUGCAUUGCAACUUAUAGAGGAGCAAGAGUCUAAAGGAAAAACUACCGUACCAUCAUAGUCCUUCCAGCCCACUUCCGUCUCUAGUCCUAACAAAUCAUUAUUCCAGUCCACUUAAAAUCUCAGCCUGGAGGGCCUAAGUCCUAGUGACAAAUCCCUUUGUCAGCGCUAGACUUGGCAAGGCAGCAUUGCUUUAUCCGUGUAGGUUUUCAAAUAUAUUUAAUAUAUUUAACGUGCACACGUCCAGAGUUAUGGGGAGUGGCACAAGAAAAUAUAUUGCCCUCUAGCUUAGAAACAACUCUUUCGUUUCCUCUUGCAUCAUAUAAUAACCCCACAGCCUCUUCCAAAUAAUUGCACCCAAAUGCAUCAAUAAAAAAGUGUUUCCCCACAGCACUGCCUAAAAGGUUUGCACACAAAACCACAGCUGUGCUGUCUUGCAAUGUAAGCAUGCAGUUGUUAUUGUGCUCCCCAUGUUAAACUGUCAGACCUGUGCCCUGGGUAUAUGGCAGCCUGCUAGUAUUACUCCAUAUUUUUAUAUGACGAUGUUGCUAAAGUGCCUUGUAAGCCUUAAAUAAUAAUGGCCAUGGUGUGUCCAGAUGCUGGAUAUAAUCACAUGGAUAGAUGUAUGGAACAUGACGGAUGUAGCAUAUGUACCUGUGGAAUAUAUUACUUAGGAAAACACCUUUCAUUCUUCAAAAAAACCCCCUUUUUGAGCUAGCUACAUUUCACAAAUAAUCACAAUUUCCUACUGAUUUCAUCUGCAUUCUAAUCAUCUCUUAAAUUAUCUGUACCCUGAAUGCUUAGCAGCGGCUAGCUGAUUUAUUUUGUGGUAUCCAACUUUAUGAUGGGGGAAAAAAAUCAAGUGGCCUUUAGUGUUGGUGCCAUAAGAGAGUAUUGAAUAAAAUCUUUUUAUUCCAUA